CUGUGCUCUUACAAAGACAGUAAAAGUCGGGGCUCCAUCCACUCUGAGGAUACACUGAACUCAGCAGCCUGUCCUCGCUGCGCUCCGAGCCGCUUCAUUCACCAGGGAAUUUGACUCGGAGCCCACUAAAGGACUAUCCCCGAAUAUUUUCCAGCAGCCUACCCUGCCUUCUGCUGGUUGGAAACCGAGGGAAUCUCAACUGAAGUUACUGUACGUACGGGCGGCGGACCGCCGCGUGCCCCCCUGCGAGGUGAGGCAGGAAGUGUUUGAACGCGCUCUCCGCAGAUUCGUAACGAGCGCGGCUGGGAACUCAUGCUUUUAUGACGCGACUUGAAGCGCAGAUGAGCGGGAUGUCAGUCGGACCCGACGCUGUCUUCACGGGUGGAAAAUGACUGCAAGCGUCGGCGAGCUUUCCACGAUGGUGAGGAGAUGCCCUGUCACUUUCAAACCGUUCAGGAUCUUCGUAGUCGGGGUCGGCUUCUUCAGCCUGUGCUUUCUAAUGACCUCUCUCGGGGGCCAGUUCUCGGCGAAGCGGCUCGGAGACUCCCCGUUCACCACGCGAGCUGAAGUUCUCAGUGGCCAGGAAUCUCGAGGGGUUUUGAGGAAAAUCAGCGACAUGCUGGAGAUGAUUAUGAAAAGGAUGGAUGCCUUGUCAAAGUUGGGGAACGCCACUGACACCCACAGGCUGGAUGAACUCAGCUUGGCCUUGGACAGGAUUCAGCCGAUGGGGCUGGUGGAGCGGAUCCAGGCCAUAGCCCAGAACAUGUCCGACAUGGCGCUGCGGGUGGAGCAGAUCCUGCAGCGCAGCGUGGCCAACAGCCGAGGUAAAGAUGGAAUCUUUGGAUCCUGUGAAACUCCCAAGGAUCCCCAUUACCCAGACUGCACCAGCAAGAUGGAUUGGAUGCGUUCUCGUUGGACCUCGGACCCCUGUUAUGCGUUUUACGGCGUCGACGGCUCCGACUGCUCCUUCCUCAUCUACUUAAGCGAGGUGGAGUGGUUCUGCCCCCCGCUGCCCUGGAGGAACCAAACUGCGACACCUACUCUGAAGCCUCUUCCCAAAAGACAGGCUGUUUUCCAGUCCGACAUCGGACGUCUGCUGGAGCAGGUGGGAACCGGAAAGGAGUCCCUGAGCUUCAUGAGGAGACGCAUACGCAGGCUGUCGGCGCAGUGGGCCUCCGCCGCCCGGCGGCUGGAUGAGAAACUCCACAGCCUCUGGAGAGAGCAGAAAAGGAUUUUAGUCCAUGUGGGCUUUCUGACCGAGGAGUCUGGAGACGUUUUCAGUCCCAAGGUGCUGAAGGGUGGCCCUCUGGGUGAGAUGGUGCAAUGGGCCGACAUUCUGACCGCUCUCCACGUACUCGGACACGAUGUCAAGAUCUCCGUUUCUCUCAAAGAGCUGCACGGGUUUCUGGGGGUCCCACCUGGAAGAGGAAGCUGCCCCCUCACGGGACCUUUACCCUUUGACCUCAUCUACACAGACUACCACGGACUGCAGCAAAUGAAGCAGCACAUGGGUCUUUCUCUCAGGAAGCACAAAUGCCACAUCCGAGUGAUUGACACCUUCGGCACAGAGCCCGCUUACAACCACGAGGAGUACGCCACUCUUCACGGCUACAGGACCAACUGGGGCUACUGGAACCUCCACGGCCAGCAGUACAUGACCAUGUUCCCCCACACGCCAGACAACUCUUUUAUGGGGUUUGUGGCAGAGGAGCUGAAUGAGACCGAGAGGAUGCUUAUUCAGAGGAACAARGUCAACAACAUGGCCGUCGUGUACGGCAAAGACGCUAGCAUGUGGAAGCUUCAAGGUAAGGAAAAUUUCCUGACAAUCCUGCAUCGCUACAUGGAGAUCCAUGGCACAGUGUACUAUGAGACACAGCGCCCCCCAGAGGUUCCUGCCUUUGUCAAGAAUCAUGGCCUGCUGCCUCAGCAGGAGCUGCAGCAGCUCCUGAGAAAGGCAAAGCUCUUCAUCGGGUUCGGCUUCCCAUAUGAAGGCCCCGCUCCUUUAGAGGCGAUAGCCAAUGGCUGCAUUUUUCUGCAACCCAAGUUUAAUCCACCUCACAGCUCUCUCAAUCACGAGUUCUUCAGAGGCAAGCCUACCUCCAGAAAGGUGUCCUCCCAGCAUCCCUACGCAGAGGAGUACAUCGGCAGGCCACAUGUCAUCACCAUCGACUUCAACAACUCUAAAGUGUUUGACGCCACCAUCCGUGAGAUCAUGAAGAUCAAUGUGGAGCCGUUCCUGCCCUACGAGUACACGUGCGAGGGAAUGCUCGAAAGGGUUCAUGCCUACAUUCAGAAUCAGGACUUUUGCUCACCUGAGGUUCCAUUUCCUCCAGUAAACACAUCUUGGGCUUCACUGUCGGGUCCCUUUCUGCCUUUGCCGAACUCCAGARUGCUAACUUGGGCCGCCAACAGCAGCUCCUUUCCAUCGUGGCCUCCUCUUACCGCACUUCGACUUUUGACGUCGCUGCAAGGCCAGUCGUGUGUGGAAGCGUGCCAGAGUGAAGGACUAAUCUGUGAACCUGCUUUGCAUCGUUUCAUCAACCUCAAAGAAGCAUUUAGCGCGUUGGAUCUCCAGUGUGAAGGAGUGGAAUCCGAGAUGAACCACCUCUUCCCCGCCUUCUCUGCAGAGCACGCCGAAUGCAGCCUGCAGCACGAUCCGCUGUUGUUCAGCUGCGCUGGCUCUAGUCCCAAAUACCAACGCCUCUGCCCCUGCAGGGACUAUCGGAAAGGACAGGUGGCAUUGUGCAGGGACUGCUUAUGACCAAAGUAUAGGGAGUUCUUUUGUAUUUUUUAAUUUUUUUUUGUAAACAAAAUAUCUAAGAAGAAACCGUUCAACAAGGAAACUUUGAGGUGAAGGAGCUGUGCUGCAUAUAUAGCAACUUACUCACUUGCCGCUGUCCUUGGACUUGCUGCUAAGAGUUUUAUCAACCUCUCAGGGAAUUGCAUGAUUGUAUUUUUGAAUUUGACGCUUUUGAARUUUCACCUCGUUAAAGUACGACCACAGCCACCAUUAAACAAAAACGAUCUGUAAUUACAACGAUGGCUUCGUAGAGAAAUCAUCGAUGUCUACUUUUCCUUUCUUUUGAAGAACUGUCGUAAAUGUGCGUUCAUGUGAAACCUCGCUGUGUCGUCGUGGGGAACGGAUACGUGUACAGAUGCACCCAAAGACAUUUAUCUCUUAGAGAUGUACUAUUUUACAUGUACUGUGGAAAUAUAUUUGUAAAUAUACAGUAAGUGUUGUUUAAUAAAACAAAAGAGGCAAA